AUGUCAUAUGAGAGACACAUCGAAGAGGAGAUUUUGCCGAUCGGACGGAUCGAGAGGUCCGAAGAGAAUGACUCUAACUUUCGGUACGAAACAAACGGCACAAACGGGACACCCAUUGACGAGACGCUCAAUCAAAUCAAAGCCAACCAUAAGAGUCGAGUGGAGAAGCGAUCGGUUUCGGUGUUCUUAACGACCGACAAAACGGUGACCACAACGACGGCCUUCAAUGUGGUCGGCAGAGGACAGGCCGACACUUUGGCCCCUAAAUUCAAGAAGAAUGGCACCAAUUCUGGCACUAAAUCCAAGCAAAAUACUGAGCCCAACACACAAUCACCCAAAUCAUCCAUCAGUGAAUUUCCCACCGAUUUUAUGACAGAUAGUUUUCGAAGCAAUGGAGGAUUUGUUAUUCAUAUAUUGGUAUUUAUAUACAUAUGUCUGGCUCUGGCCGUUGUCUGCGAUGUCUACUUCCUUCAGUCGUUAGAGUAUAUCAGUUCGGCUCUAAGUCUGCCGGACGACAUCGCCGGCGCCACGUUUAUGGCUAUCGGGACGUCGGCUCCGGAACUGUUCACAAGUGUUAUCGGAGUAUUCAUUUCGGACAAUGACAUCGGGACGGGAACUAUAGUGGGUUCAGCCGUUUUCAAUCUAAUAGCGAUCCCCGCGUGCUGUGGAUUCGCCGCCUAUUAUAACCUGAAGAAAAUGCCGAAAGUGAGCUCAUUUCCCAUUCUUCGCGAUAUGAUCUUCUAUGUCCUCACAAUCAUUACAUUAAUUCUAUGCAUUAAGGAUAAUAAAGUCGAUUGGGUCGAGUCAUUGACUUUAUUAGCCUUAUAUGCGGUGUAUAUCGUGAUUAUGUUCUUCAACGCCCAGUACUCGCAUCUGAUCACUGAGGCUGAGGAGGAAGAGGAGACACCGCUUCUCAAAGACAGAAAGAAGAGCUCCAUUGAAGAGGAUUACGAUAACAAUCGUUUGGAGGACUACUCGAAGAUUGAGUUAAUGAAAACUCCGAACGGAAAGUACAACGAAAUCAAAUCAAACGGCACUAAACAUCACAAUCAAAGUCAGAACAUUGAGUCCAAUCUCUAUCCAAAGCUAUCGCCGGCUAAUAAUGAAGAGGUCGUUAAACCAGAAGAGGAUGACAGCGAAUGGACUGAUCAUUGGAUCAUUAAAACUAUUUUAUUGCCAAUGAAUAUAUUAUUUAUAUUAACUCUACCAAAAGCCACAAAAUUCUGUUUUGUGAUCACUUUUAUUAUGUCUAUCGUAUGGAUUGCUGUUCUCACGUAUGUUGCCGUUUGGAUGACGACAGUCGUCGGCUAUUCAAUCGGCAUUCCGGACACAGUGUCGGGCAUAACCAUAUUGGCCGCGGGCACCAGUAUUCCUGAGCUCAUCUCGAGCUACUUGAUCGUGAAGAAGGCAGGUCUGGCCAAUAUGGCUAUCUGUAACUCAAUUGGUUCCAACAUAUUUGACAUACUCUUCUGUUUGGGUCUUCCAUGGCUUCUCAAGUCAUUAAUUUUGAUCAUAACAAACGGCUCAGGUUUUGCAUCGCUGGCCAACACAUCGAUCCCAAUCCAAAGCCAAGCGCUUCCGUUGACUUCACUCACGCUUCUUAUCACAUGUUUCGCUCUACUCUUGACUCUGAAGCUCACGAACUGGAGAUUGGGAUUAAACGUGGACGAAAAAGAGAGAAUAUUUACUAGGGAUGAGGUGCGAGACCACGACGACACCGACUCGUUGUGGGUCAUUGUCGACGGUUACGUGUAUGACGUGACCCGUUUCCUAGAGGAACAUCCGGGCGGUCAGGAAGUGCUCAAAGAGUAUGGCGGAGACGACGCGACCCACCGUUUCGACGAAGUCGGACACUCGGCCGACGCCUUAGACAUGAUGAAGAAGUAUCGGAUCGGAAGGGCUUUAGGCGAUGACUUGGAAUUUCAGGAUUUUGAGGCCACAUCUGCUUCCAGUGUGACUGAGGGCUGGAAUUGGUUGCCAUUGUUGGCCGGUCUGAGUGCCAGUUUGUGCACUUAUUAUCUUCUUAAUUACUUCUAA